AUGGAUGACACAAAUGAUGCUUGUAAACAGACUUCUUCAACUUCAAACCGUCUUAUUGUAACUAAAGUUCCCAUUGAAGUUUAUAGUAAUGCUGAAGCAAAAAGUAUAUUCGAGCAGGUUUUCCGCACAUAUGAUGAGACUUCUUCUUUUAUAUAUCUUCCAAGUUUUCGCCGUGUCCUGGUGACGAUGUCCUCCCCAGAAUCCGCCGUCAUUGCUCGUCUUGAAACUCAAGGUUGGCAUCUUCCAGAAGCCAUUGUUAGGCAUUCAGUCGAAUCUACGGAAGAGGCCGGUAUCCGCUGCUUUUUUUACGAUGAUAAAGAAACACGGCAAAGACGUCAACGAAGACAUAGUCACCGUUCUCAAAAUACAACCUCUUUUGAAGAUGACCACUUGACCGACGAAGAGGGAGAUUACAAUGAUCUACGGACAGUGUCAGAUGGGGAUGAUGAUAUGAUGGAUGACAUUGACAGUAUUGAACAUCUUGCUCUUCCAAAACCGGAGAAACAAUUCCUUCUUAGCCCACCUGCUUCUCCGCCUGUUGGUUGGGAACCAAGACCAGAAGCCGAACCACUCAUUAAUUAUGAUCUUUUACAUGCAAUAGCUUCACUUGAGCCUGGGAAAGAACAUGAAUUGCAUCCUCCAGAAAUGGACAAACCGAGGAUCGUAGUGACACCUUGUGAAGGUCCCCUAAACACGAAGAAGAAAAAGAAUCUUCCCGAUCUUAAACUCCCGCAUACUGCCUGUCCCAACAGAAACUAA